AUGCCUGAGUCCAACGAGGGCCGUCCAGUAUCGCCUCCUGCACCUAGUCCUCGUGCUUCGACGAUUGAUUUGUUCGACCUCCUAAUGGAGAUGAGAGGAGACAUGGCAGAGUUACGGGAUAAUGUCGUGACACUACGAGCUGAGUUUGGGGACAUGGCACAGUUACGNGAUUAUCGAGAUGGAGGAGGUAGCGGAGGGACAGGUCACUAUCGGGACGGAGGGGCUGACGGAGGGACUGGUGGCUAUCGAGUUGGAGGGACUGGCGAUUAUCGGGACGGAGGGGGUAACGGAGGGGUUGGUGGUUAUCAGGGAGGAGGGGUCAGAUGGGGGGGUACCCGAGGAGGAGAGGGUACCGGAGAUGGAGGUGGAGGUGGUACCAGAGGUGGGGGUGCCCGUGCAGGGGAUACCCGAGGACGUCGAGGGGGCAUCGGAGGUGGAGGUGGAGGUGGUACCCGUGCAGGGGAUACCCGGGGAUGCCGAGAGGGUACCGGAGGAGGAUAG